CCCAGGCGGACGCGGUCGGGCAAGGGAGCCAGGGAAGUUGUCCCAUCAGGGCGGCGGCCAAGGACCGAAUAAUCGCCGAAGCCGAGGCCAAAACGACCGUCCGAUCGGGAAGUCUCCUCCAAACGGGCAUUUUCAUUUCCCUUUCCGCGCAUCGGCACGAGGGGGGGAACAGAAAUAUCCUCCUGCUCCUCUUCCUCGGCGUGGUCGCGGGCGGAGAUCCGGGAGGGAACCAUGCGGAAGGGAAGCGGAGAGGUGCUGCUGCCGGUGUCCGCGGAGGCGGGGAAGGACGGCGGCGGAGCUGGCGACGAGCCUGCGCUGGUGAAGGGGUCCGCCAUGACCCGCCGCGGCGCGCUCGCCGCGCUGUCGUACAUGUGCUGCUCCGUUCUGCUGGUGAUGUUUAACAAGGCGGCUCUAUCUUCAUAUAAUUUCCCUUGCGCGAACGUCAUUACGCUCCUUCAGAUGGUGUGCUCAACAUGCCUUCUUUAUGUUCUGAGACGGUUAAAGAUCAUUUCCUUCACAAAUAGCGAACCAUCAGUACCUUCUGAGGCACUAUUCUUUGUGCCAUUCAGAAUAUUGUUGCGUACUUCACCUCUUUCGUUGUCUUACUUACUCUACAUGUUAGCUUCAAUGGAAUCUGUGCGUGGAGUAAAUGUUCCUAUGUAUACAACUCUAAGGCGCACAACUGUAGCUUUUACAAUGAUAAUGGAGUAUUUCUUGGCAAAGCAGAAGCACACUCCACCUAUAAUCGGCAGUGUAGCUUUGAUUGUAUUUGGAGCGUUUAUUGCUGGGGCUCGAGACUUGUCAUUUGAUGCUCGUGGGUAUGCCAUUGUCUUCGUCGCCAAUAUUACUACGGCUGUUUAUCUUGCUACUAUAAACCGCAUAGGAAAAUCAAGUGGCCUGAAUAGCUUUGGCCUGAUGUGGUGCAAUGGACUUGUUUGUGGCCCUUCAGUACUUUUCUUGACAUAUAUUCAGGGUGACCUCAAGCGGGCUAUAGAAUUUCCCUACCUUUAUUCCCCUGGAUUUCAGGUGGUGCUGCUCUUUUCAUGUAUGCUAGCAUUUCUGCUAAACUACACCAUCUUCUGGAACACAAUCCUGAAUUCUGCGCUCACACAAUCAAUGUGUGGCAAUUUGAAGGAUUUCUUCACUGUUGGAUUUGGCUGGGUGCUCUUUGGCGGGCUUCCUUUUGAUCUGCUUAAUGUCAUUGGCCAAGGGCUCGGAUUUGUCGGCUCUGGCAUGUAUGCCUACUGCAAGAUCAAAGGAAAGUAGAUAUUGAUCUCUAAUGGAUCAAAGGGAAGUAGGUAUUGAUGUUUUGAUUUGGACGAGCAGUACGGUUUAACCAAAGUAGGGUUCUUCAUGCUGUUUGCUCCUGCAUAUGGGAGAGAAAAUUUUGUAGGUUUUUCUGUGUACAUUUAUAUACUUCAGUUCUCCUGGGUGGAACAUGAAUGAACAGCCAUUGUUUGGCCAAGGAAAUAGAAUACAAGAUUUCAGCAUUUUCAGAGC